AUGGCCUCUCCAGAAGAGCCAGUCAGGAAGGCAUCAGCUACAAAACCUUCUCAGAUCCAAGUUAUUCAGGAAAUCCUUCCAUCAAUUAACGACUUGAAAGAAAUGAUGCUCGCCAACGGCUUCUCCGGUCAAGAUAGUGCGCCCCAACCCCUUGAAGGGAUAACCGGGAAUGCAGUCAACAGACCAAGAAACUCUGAAGAUUUGAACGGGCUCGGGGAUAAGAGCAAUGCUGAGGAUAAUCUGGGACCUAAAGAUAUGCCAGUGGAAAGUACUAGGAAGAAUAAGGAAAAGAGAAAGCUCAGCUCUCAGGCUGUGGUUCUGCCAGAUCAACAGACCUUGUCGUCAGAUAGCUCCUGGGUCUCUGAAACAGAAGAACCCCAAAAUAUUCAGCCCCGUGGUAGAUCAAAGAAAGCUUUCACCGACCCGGCUUGGGGAGCUAUUACACGAUACACCAACAACAUUUUCCAUCCAACCGUCGUCCCAAGAUCAAGUACCACCCCUCAUGUCUACUGUUUCCGUUACCUCUCCAACAAGGCACAGAUCUAUAACAAACCCAAUCACUACUUCUCCGAUUGGUGCAAAGGGUUUGCCAUUCGCACGACCGCAAUUGUCGGCCUUGGACCGAACAUUGUCUGCACCUACGGGUAUGAGACGAAGUAA